GCGGAGUGAUUGGAAAGUUUUGCUGAGCGUAUCAGGAUCAUGAACGGAAAGGUGCUUGUAACGGGAGGUGGUGGAUAUAUUGGCAGUCACUGUGUGCUAGAAUUGCUGGAGGCUGGAUACAGUCCUGUAGUCAUCGAUAACUUCCACAAUGCUAUCCGGGGUGCCAACAAUAUACCAGAGAGUUUGCAUCGAGUGCAUGAUAUUGUUGGGAAGACAACUGAAUUUGAGGAGGUGGAUAUUUUAGACCGUGCUGCUUUGGACAAAUUAUUUAGCAAGCACAAAUUCUCAGCAGUCCUACAUUUUGCUGGACUGAAGGCAGUUGGGGAGUCCGUACAGAAACCACUGCUGUAUUAUAAGGUGAACCUGACUGGCACCAUCCAGCUACUAGAGGUAAUGAAUUCUCAUGGGGUGAAGAAUAUAGUAUUCAGCAGUUCUGCUACAGUAUAUGGUGAUCCCAAUUAUUUACCUAUAGAUGAAAGCCAUCCUGUUGGAGGGUGUACCAACCCUUAUGGGAAAACCAAGUAUUUUAUUGAGGAGAUGAUCAAGGACCAGUGCAAAGCUGAGGAGGACUGGUGUGCCAUUCUUCUGAGGUAUUUUAACCCAAUUGGAGCUCAUGUUUCAGGAAGAAUUGGAGAGGAUCCCCAAGGAAUACCAAACAACUUGAUGCCAUAUGUUUCACAGGUGGCAGUGGGACGACGAGAAUUCCUGAAUGUAUUUGGGAAUGAUUACAACACACCAGAUGGAACUGGUGUCCGUGAUUAUAUACACAUUGUAGAUCUGGCUAAAGGGCACAUUGCAGCUCUCAAAAAGUUAGAGACCUCCAGUGGCUGUAAGGUAUACAACCUGGGAACUGGAACAGGCUAUUCUGUUCUUGAGAUGGUGAAAGCAAUGGAAAAGGCUUCUGGGAAGAAGAUACAACAUAAAAUAGCCCCAAGGAGAGAAGGUGACAUUGCUACAUGCUAUGCAGAUCCCGCACUGGCCAAAGCAGAGCUAGGCUGGAAAGCAGAGUAUGGGCUAGACAGGAUGUGUGAAGAUCUAUGGCGCUGGCAGGCUCAAAAUCCAACAGGUUUCAGCACUGAAUCCUGAUCAUAUUUGAAGGAUGUUUUCUCCAUAUUCUUUUGGGUGUAGAUAAGCCUUAUUUAUAUUUUAGGUGAAAAAGAAUAAAAUGUAUGGCACCAUGUGCUUUUAAGAUGGAUUAAAUUUAUGAGAAGACCUUAGGUUCUCCUUUAUCCUCUGUGUUUGUCAGUGCUGCAAGUAUUUACCUUCAAACAAUUAAUUGAAUGAGUUCUGCCAAACUUCGACUGUUGUUUAAAGAUGUACCACAUGGCCUAUUUGUAAUUGCCGUUAUCCUCAGCAGCCUUAUUGCAUAAUCAUAAAAUUUCCAACCUCCCAUUAUUUUGUAUUCACGGUCCCACACCUACUAAUAAGGAAAUUCAAACAUUACCAGCAACCUUCAGCUUCUUAAAGAAGUAAACAAAGUGUAUCAAUUGCAUAUAUUUCAGAGGAAUUAAAUGUUUUAUUAAAUGCUAACCUCAAAGAAAAAAAAA